AUGCCUCCUCAUCCUGAUUCUGCUGCUGUGAAAUUCACCACCACCAUUCAUCAUGACACGUAUCCAGCCAUCGCGAAAUGCAAUCUGCAGGGACGAACCGUUCUCAUUACCGGAGCUUCCAAAGGCAUUGGCCGCCAUGCAGCGAUAGCUAUGGCGAGAAAUGGAGCGUCAAACAUCAUCAUCGCAGCUCGGUCCAACCUAGAUGGUGUUGAAAGAGAUGUCUUGAAUGCGGCCCCAGAGAGCAGCAGCCGUACCGAUAGUCUUCGAGUUAUGCAAAUUCAGCUAGACGCUACAAGCGCGGAGAGUGUCGCGACGGCUGUCACCAAAGUACAAGCCUCCUUCUCAGCCGUCGAUGUCCUCAUCAACAGUGCUGGCUCCCUGGAAAUUUGGAAACCAGUGUUGGAGUCGGAUCCUGAGGAAUGGUGGAAUACUUAUGAAGUCAACCUCCGAGGCACAUAUCUCCUUUGUCGCGCGUUCUUGCCUCUACUCCUGGCCAGCUCACUCAAGACAAUUGUCAACGUGACUUCUAUUGGUGCAUUAAUGGUGAGCCCGGGCGCGUCGGCGUAUCAAACAUCAAAAGUCGCCGUAACACGAUUUACGGAAUUUCUCAGCGCCGAAUACUCCGAGCAGGGGUUGGUUGCCUUUUCGAUACAUCCUGGCGCCGUGAAAACGGAGCUGGCAUUGAACAUGCCACAGCACAUGCACGAGGUUUUAAUCGACGCUCCUCAGUUGCCCGCCGAUACUGUAUGCUGGCUGGUACAGGAAAGACGCCCCUGGCUCGGUGGCAGGUAUAUAAGUGUUAAUUGGGAUAUGAUGGAGCUGCUCAGCAAAAAGGAAGAGAUUGUUGAAAAAGAUACACUGAAAUUUCAACUAGGCCAGUAA